AUGCUACACAGACACAAGUCAAAGCAAAAAAAGUUCGAAGGUAUUACUGAACAAGUUGGUCGCGACUUGGCAGGGUUGCAAUUACUUUCCAAUGACAUCCAAAAAUCUGCUAUCCAACAGGGUCAUCCAACAACAAAGGGGAAUGGUGGAACUCAAGGCAUGGCUAACAAGUAUUCGGUUCCUAAAAAAGGGCUGCCUGCUGAUUUAUCAUACGAAUUGAUUCAUAACGAAUUAACACUUGAUGGUAAUCCGCAUUUGAAUUUGGCCAGCUUCGUAAAUACAUUCACUACAGACCAAGCCAAAAAGCUGAUUCAUGAGAAUUUGUCCAAAAACUUGGCUGAUAACGAUGAAUACCCGCAGCUGAUUGAAUUGACCCAGCGUUGUAUUUCCAUGCUAGCUCAGUUGUGGCACGCCAGUCCCGAUGAGGAACCAAUGGGCUGUGCCACCACCGGUUCCAGUGAAGCAAUUAUGCUUGGUGGGCUCGCCAUGAAAAAAAGAUGGGAGCAUAGGAUGCAGGAUGCCGGUAAAGAUAUUUCCAAACCGAACAUUAUAAUGUCGUCUGCAUGCCAGGUGGCUUUGGAGAAAUUUACAAGAUAUUUCGAAGUGGAGUGCAGAUUAAUUCCGGUUUCCAGCAAAAGCCACCAUAUGCUGGACCCUGAAUCGCUGUGGGACUAUGUGGACGAGAACACCAUUGGCUGUUUUGUCAUCCUAGGGACUACCUACACCGGCCAUUUGGAAAACGUGGAAGAAGUCGCUGACGUGUUGUCGCAAAUUGAAGCUAAGCAUCCCGACUGGAGUAACGUUGACAUUCCUAUCCAUGCAGACGGUGCCUCUGGUGGGUUCAUCAUUCCGUUUGGCUUUGAGAAAGAAACAAUGAAAAACUAUGGUUUGGAACGUUGGGGGUUCAAUCAUCCACGGGUGGUUAGUAUGAACACUAGUGGCCAUAAAUUCGGGUUAACUACACCCGGUCUGGGUUGGGUGUUAUGGAGGGACGAAUCUCUACUACCUAAUGAAUUGAGAUUCAAAUUGAAGUAUCUCGGUGGUAUCGAAGAGACUUUUGGUUUGAAUUUUUCAAGACCGGGAUUCCAAGUUGUUCAUCAAUAUUUCAAUUUUGUUUCUCUUGGUUAUUCAGGAUACAGAGCACAGUUCCAAAAUUCCUUGUUUGUGGCAAGAGCGUUUUCUUUCGAACUGUUGAAUUCUAGUAAACUUCCCGGUUGUUUUGAAAUCGUUAGUAGUAUCCAUGAAAACAUCAAGGACAACUCUGUGCCAAACAAGGUGGGUGAGUACUGGGAUCGCCCACAAGUGUAUAAGCCAGGUGUGCCUUUGGUGGCUUUCAAGUUAUCCCAAGAAUUCCAUGAAAAAUACCCGGAAGUCCCACAGGCAAUUCUUUCUUCUAUGCUAAGAACCAGAGGAUGGAUCAUACCGAAUUAUCCAUUACCGAAGGCUACAGACGGCUCCGAUAAGAAAGAAGUGUUGAGAGUGGUUUUCAGGACCGAGAUGAAACUGGAUUUGGCACAGUUAUUGAUUGUUGACAUUGAAAAUGUUUUGACGAAGUUGAUUCAGAGUUACGAAAAGGUUUGCCAGCACAUAGACGCUGUCGCUGAACAAACACCGGAACGCAAGAGUUCUUUUAUUUAUGAAAUGUUGUUGGCGUUGGCGUCUCCACAAGAAGACAUUUCAAAUCCAGAAGAAUCCGAAAAAAAGAAGAAGCUAGAAGAAAGAACAACAAGAAAUUACAGAGGAACCUGCUAA